AUGCCUGGAACCCUGCUUGAGCCCAUCAUCUCUGCUUACAGCUAUAUUUUUGACCUGGUGGCACUGAAUGAAACAGAAGAGAAAGAUCUGCAUGAGAAACAUCACGACUUCACAACUGGAGAAAAAUCUUUCAGUUGCUCAGAGACGGAAAAGACUUGCUCUCCAAAAAGAGCUGGGAAGACUGGAACUAGGAAAUGUUUCACCUGCCAACAGUGUGGAAAGAGUUUAAACAAAAAAGAAAACCUUAAAGUCCAUAUGAGAGUUCACACUGGAGAGAAGCCUUACAUGUGCCAUCAGUGUGGAAAGAGCUUCCCACGAAACGCCAGUCUAAAGAUUCACAUGAGAACUCACACCGGAGAGAAGCCUCAUACCUGCCCUCUCUGUGGAAUGGGCUUCACGUAUAAAGGAACGCUUUACAUCCACAUGAGAGUUCACACUGGAGAGAAGCCAUUUCAAUGUGGUCAGUGUGGGAAGCGUUUCCCACAUAAAGCAACCUUUGAUAUUCACACGAGAAUUCACACCGGAGAGAAGCCAUACACCUGCCAACUCUGUGGAAAAACUGUGAAUCGGAAAGGAAGUCUCGUAGCUCACAUGAGAGUUCACACCGGAGAGAAGCCGUACACCUGCCAACUGUGUGGAAAAACUAUGACUCAGAAAGGAAAUCUUAUAGCUCACAUGAGAGUUCACACCGGAGAGAAGCCUUACACCUGUAAUCAGUGUGAAAAAGGGUUUGCACGUAAAGAAUUCCUUCGUAAGCACAUGGAGAUUCACUCAAGAGAGAGCUGCUUUAUAUGCCAUCAGUGUGGAAGGAGAUUCACAGACGGGGAACAGUUAAAGAAGCACGUAGUAACUCAUAUCGGAGAGGAGCCUUUUAUGUGUCAUCACUGUGGAAAGAGUUGCUCAAGAAAAGCAAACCUCGAGACUCACAUGAGAAUUCACACUGGAGAGAAACCCUUUACAUGCCAACAGUGUGGAAAGCGUUUCAGACAGAGAACAGCUCUUCAGAGUCACAUGAGAGUUCACACCACAGAGAGGCCUUCUCGCGCAUCUUCAGUGCGAGUUUCACAUAUCAAAUAGAUCUGAAGAGUUAUUUACAAUCUCAUUCUGGCAAGAAAUUGGCGUGUUCUGAGUGUGGUAAGAGGUUUAGA